AUGGCAUACGGAACUGCUCCUAAUGUGUUCGACAAAUACUUGAAGAUGUUUGAGUGUACUAUAAGGUUAUGCAUUUACAAAUUUAGUAAAACUGUAAUUACUUUGUAUGGUAGGAGAUAUUUAAGAAGACCGACACCGAGCGACAUUCAAGCUUUAUACGCAGCACAUGAAGCUAGACACGGCUUCCAAGGGAUGCUCGAUAGCAUUGAUUGCACACAUUGGGAGUGGCAAAAUUGCCCUAAUGCCUGGCAAGGUCAAUAUAUGCGUGGUGAUUAUCCCCAUCUUACCAUAAUGCUUGAGGCUACGACAUCUGGUGACUUUUGGAUUUGGCAUGCAUUCUUUGGCAUUGCCGGAUCCAGCAAUGAUAUUAAUGUAUUAGAUUUGUCGCCUAUCUUCGACGAUAUAGUAAAUAGAACCACGCCAGACUCUUCGUUUCAUCUUAGAGGAACAACAUAUAAGCUUGGCUAUUAUCUUGCCGAUGGUAUAUCCGGAAUAUGCGACAAUGGUGAAAGCGUAUAA